AUGGGAAAGCUCCGUGACCUCAAGAAGGCCACUGAAGCUUACUGGGGAGGAAAGAUCUCUCGCGAUGACCUUCUCGCUGAGGGUAAGAGACUCCGUCUCGAGCACUGGAAGAUCCAGAAGGAUGCCGGUGUCGAUGUCAUCCCCAGCAACGACUUUGCUUUCUACGACCAGGUCCUUGACCACAUCCAGACCUUCGGUGUUAUCCCCGAGAGAUACAGCAAGUAUGGUCUCCACCCCGUUGACGAAUACUUCGCCAUGGGCCGUGGUCUCCAGAAGCCCGCCCAGGAUGGCCAGGCUGCCAUCGAUGUUCCUAGCUUGGAGAUGGUUAAGUGGUUUGACUCUAACUACCACUACGUCAAGCCUACCCUCCAGGACGACCAGGUCUUUAAGCUGGCCGACCAGCCCAAGGCUGUUGUUGAGUUCCUCGAGGCCAAGGAGGCUGGCAUCGUCACUCGCCCCGUUGUCUUGGGUCCCGUUUCUUUCUUGACCCUCGCCAAGGCCGACCGUGGUCAGACCGUCGACCCCAUCACCAAGCUUGACAAGCUCCUCCCCUUGUACGUUGAGCUUCUUGCCAAGCUCAAGGAGGCUGGUGCUCAGGAUGUUCAAAUCGAUGAGCCCGUCCUCGUCUUCGACCUUCCCGCCAAGUCCAAGGAGGCUUUCAAGCCCGCCUACGAGACCCUGGGUGCCCUCGGUGACAAGGCCCCCCGCAUUACCCUUGCCACCUACUUCGGUGACAUCGUCCACAACAUUGAUGUCCUCUCUUCCCUUCAGAGCCUCCACGCUAUCCACGUGGACCUUGUCCGCAACCCUGAGCAACUCGAGACCGUCAUCGGUGCUCUCGGCCCCAACCAGGUCCUCUCCACUGGUGUCGUUGACGGCCGUAACAUCUGGAAGACCAACUUCAAGGCCGCCAUUGAGAAGGUCGAGCUGGCCAUCCAGAAGCUGGGCAAGGACAGAGUCAUCGUCUCUACCUCUAGCUCUCUCCUCCACGUUCCCCACACUCUCGCUAGCGAGAAGACUCUCGAUGCUGAGAUCCGUGACUGGUUCAGCUUUGCUGUCGAGAAGACCGCUGAAGUUGUUGUGAUCGCCAAGGCUGUCACUGAGGGCCCUGCUGCUGUCCGUGAGGAGCUCGAGGCCAACGCCAAGUCCGUUCAGUCCCGUGCUUCCUCCAAGCGCACCAACGACCCCGAGGUCAAGGCCAGACAGGCUGCUGUCACUGAGGCCAUGCACAACCGCCAGUCUGAGUUCCCUGCUCGUAUCGCUGAGCAGAGCAAGAGCAUCAACCUUCCUCGCUUCCCCACCACCACCAUUGGAUCUUUCCCCCAGACCAAGGAGAUCCGUAUCCAGCGUAACAAGUUCACCAAGGGUGAGAUCACCCCUAAGCAGUACGAGGAGUUCAUUGAGAAGGAGAUCCGUGAGGUUGUCAAGAUCCAGGAGGAGCUCGACCUCGAUGUUCUCGUCCACGGUGAGCCUGAGCGUAACGACAUGGUUCAGUACUUCGGUGAGAGACUCACUGGUUACGUCUUCACCACCCACGCUUGGGUCCAGAGUUACGGAUCUCGUUGCGUGCGUCCUCCCAUCAUUGUCGGUGACGUCUCUCGUCCCGCUCCCAUGACCGUCAAGGAGUCCAAGUACGCCGUCUCGGUCUCCAGCAAGCCCAUGAAGGGUAUGCUUACUGGUCCCAUCACCUGUCUCCGCUGGUCUUUCCCCCGUGACGACGUCCACCAGUCCGUCCAGGCCCAGCAGCUAGCUCUUGCCCUCCGUGACGAGGUUGUUGACCUCGAGGCCGCCGGUAUCAAGGUCAUCCAGGUUGACGAGCCUGCCCUCCGUGAGGGUCUCCCUCUCCGCUCCGGAGUCGAGCGUGACAACUACCUCUCUUGGGCUGUCAAGGCUUUCAAGCUGUCCACCGCAGGUGUUACCGAUGGCACUCAGAUCCACUCUCACUUCUGCUACUCUGAGUUCCAGGACUUCUUCCACGCCAUUGCCGCUUUGGAUGCCGAUGUUCUGAGCAUUGAGAACAGCAAGUCUGACGCCAAGCUCCUCAAGGUCUUCAUUGACGAGGCCUACCCCCGCCACAUUGGUCCCGGUGUCUACGACAUCCACUCUCCUCGUGUCCCCAGCGAGCAGGAGAUCAAGGACCGUGUCGAGGAGAUGCUCCAGUACCUCCGCCCCGAGCAGCUCUGGAUCAACCCCGACUGUGGUCUGAAGACCCGCCAGUGGCCCGAGACCAAGGCUGCUCUGGCCAACUUGGUCAGCGCUGCCAAGCACUUCCGUCAGAAGUACGCCCAAUAA